GAGGUUGUAUGACUUGUAUAAAAAAUAACUACUAAUAUUGUUGUAUUUUUUCAAUAAAUAUGAAAUAAUAGAAUAUACCUUAUUUGCUUUUAUUUUUUAUAUUUUCACAUAAAUAAUGACUCCAAAAGUAAUUUUAUUAUUUAGUGGUAAAAGGAAAUGCGGUAAAGACUUUUUAACAGAUCAUUUAAAAACAAGACUUGGUGAUAAGUGUGAAAUUAUAAAAAUAUCACAACCAAUUAAAAGUCACUGGGCUAAAGAGAAGUGCUUAAACUUAGAUGAGUUACUAAGUGAUGGUGAGUACAAGGAACAAUACAGACUAGAUAUGAUCAAAUGGAGUGAUGAGAUGAGAGAACAAGAUUAUGGAUGUUUUUGUAGACAAGCUUGUCAAAAUGCAACAGACAAACCCAUAUGGAUUGUCAGUGAUAUUCGACGGCCAACUGACAUACAAUGGUUUAAGGAAAAUUAUGGGCUUUUAAUAAAGACAAUUAGAUUGACAGCCGAUGAAGAAACAAGAAUAGAGAGAGGAUUCAAGUUUAAGAGUGGUGUUGACGAUGUUGUUUCAGAGUGUGGAUUGGAUGAUUAUGAUGAAUGGGAUCUUAUUAUUGAUAAUGGUAAAGAAAGACAGACUUUAGAUAAUCAGUUGACUAGUGUUAUGGCAUUAAUAAAUAGCUUAUGAUCAUGGCUUACUUAUAAAGAGGUUUUGGUUCUCUUAAGUACAUGGAUAUUAUGGUGGUAGUAUUUUUAUUGCUAAAAUAAAAUAACUUUAAUUAUAUCUUCUAUAGAAUUAAAAAGACUGAAGUGUUUUAUAUUUAUAAUACAUGAUUUACAGGGAGUUAAUAAGCAAAGUGCUAAUAUAAUAAAAAAACAAUAGACUUUUGUGUCUUAAAACUAUUACACAUAUUAAAACUAAAUUAUAAUGUAUUUAAAAAUUUUGUUUGAUGGGACAAUAUCAGUUUCCUACUGUCUUAUUAAUUAUUGUUUGUUGAAGUUUUACCCUAACCUUCAAUAAUUGUAUGUCACACACAGUUAUAUUGCCUAAUAUGUUUACAUGCAAAUGUGUAACUAAGUGUAGUUUUGUAUGUUUAAUCUGAAAUGAAUUCAACUUAACACUGCCUUGAGAGUGGGGCGACUGUCAUGCACCCGACUCUCGAGUCAAAACAUAUUUCACCUGAAUAUUGAAAAGUUCUAAUAAAAAGAAGCUAAUCUGAAUAAUGAAUAGUCUUUAACUUAUCAAUGUUAUAUUACUUAAUUAUUCAAUUGUUUGUACAGAAAGAUUAUAUAAUUUAAAUUAUGAAAUAUCUUAUUUAAAUUGGCAAGGGGUGACCAGUAUAUGGUUAUCACAUCGUUGGACUCGAGUAGACUAUCAAGUGUGAUGUAUAUUUGUCAAAUAUAUUGAGGCAUCUGUAUGUUUUUUAGCAAGUAAUUAUAUUAAAAAUUGAUUAAUGAUGAAUCUUAAUAUUGAAUAACAUACUUUUUAUGAUUAGUUACCUUGUAGAUAGA